CCGGUCCUCCUUUUCCGCCGCGGCGCACGCGAGGUGUUAGUUCUCGGCGCCUGUGCCUCAGCGGCAAGCCGAACGAGAUGCAGAACGACGCCGGGGAGUUUGUGGAUCUCUACGUCCCUCGGAAAUGCUCUGCUAGCAACCGAAUAAUUGGUGCUAAGGAUCAUGCUUCUAUUCAGAUAAAUAUUUCUGAGGUUGACAAGGUAACAGGCAGAGUAAAUGGCCAGUUCAAAACAUAUGCCAUUUGUGGAGCAAUUCGUAGAAUGGGUGAAUCGGAUGACUCCAUUCUGCGUCUGGCAAAAAGAUGGAAUUGUUUCCAAGAACUUCUAACUGAAGAACCUCUGGUAUGGAACAUCUGAUAUAAAAUAAACAGUUCAAACCUG